AUGAUCAUUCUUGAGGAGUCGACCGGAACGAACCCUCUGUUUCUCGUCCUACUUGAAGGUCAUCCUUCAGCGUCCAAGGCUUCCAUUGAUGCGGUGUUGACCGUUGAUCUCGCCGGCUGCGAAGGAAGGUGUGUGAUCUGUUCGGACGAAUGGAAGGCGGAGGAUACGCGAGGAGUCAAAAGAAACAUCCGAGACAUCGAGAUCACAACAAGUACUACAUCGGACUCUUUGGUUACUGAGAACGGUAAACAUCAAUCAAGCAAAGUGAAGAUAACUUCUGACUCUGUUUUCAAAGAUUUCAACAACUCCCAAGGAUUUCUUCCUUCGCAAGUAACAUCCCCUUUUUCGCCUCCAUGGCCUCACGGCCCUCACCAGUGUCCUCUUUACCCUACAUUCUACCACAUCCUUGUCUACUGGGGCUGCAUGGUACCAUUUUGGUAUACUCUAGAGACUUCCACGUGUCUAGGGAAAAGGACAAGAGACGAAGCUUUACAUGAUAAAGAAAACAAAGACACUUUUGUAAGAGCAAGAUUGGACUCACAAUCUCGAAGUAUUGACGUAGCUACGAAUAAUCGUGUGUUGUAUCCGGUACCGAUGAAACGCGAGAAGGCACAUCAAUUGAGUUUUUCCUCUAAUGGGUUUGAAACAAAGAGCUGCAACAAUAGAUUUGUCCCUAAGACGUAUCUAAACCUUCAAACAAACCCUGCAGAUAUGUCAAGAUCUAUUAACUUCAGGGAGAGCAUGUAAUGUUAAGCAGAUAUC